AUGAUCAGUAGUAUCAAGGAGGUUGACAAAUCUUUUUCAACCUCCUUGUCGAAAGAUAACGAAUGUUACGAGGCGGUUACGGCGGCCCUGGACGCGGGGUACCGACACAUCGACACCGCGGAACUCUACCAGAACGAGAAGGAGAUCGGACGGGCUCUUAAGGAGAAGAUGGACGCUGGGAUGAAAAGGGAGGAAGUUUUUGUCGUCAGCAAGCUAUGGAACACCCGGCACCACCCUGACGAUGUCCUGCCGGCCUGUCAGAAGAGUCUGGACGAUCUCGGGCUGGAGUACCUGGACCUGUACCUCAUGCAUCAUCCUUUCCCAUGGGCGAGAGGAGACAACCUGUUACCCAUCAAUGCUGACGGCAAGGCGGAGCAUUCCGAUAUUCACUUCAUGGAUACCUGGAAGGAAAUGGAGAAGCUUGUGGAUGCAGGACUGGUGAAGGCCAUCGGUGUGUCCAACUUCAACAUCUCACAGAUGGAGGAGGUUCUGACCAAUGGGAGGAUCAAACCAGCUGUCAAUCAAGUUGAGAGUCACCCGUACGUGACGUGUAACCGGAUGUUGGAGUUCUGCACUGAGAAAGGCGUGGUGAUGACGGCUUACUGCCCACUGGGUGCUCCAGGUGACCUUAAGGACCAUGGCCUGGCUGUGUUAGAAGAUCCCGAACUCAAGAAAAUCGCUGAGAAACACGGGAAGACGCCGGCACAGGUGUGUCUCCGGUGGCAGGUGCAGAGGGGCGUGGUCGUCAUCCCGAAGAGUCUGAGGGCCGCCAGGAUGGUGGAGAACUCCCAGAUCUUUGACUUCGAGUUGAGCGCGGGUGACGUGGAGACCAUCAAUAACCUUAACCGGGACGGACGGGUGUACAAGUGGGAAUGGAGCAAGGAUCACCCACAGUGGCCCUUCAACGAGAAGUUCUAA